UAUUAUGGUCUGACUUUAAGGAUGUACCCAGCAAAAUACAAACAAAAAAAUUUUAAAUCCGAAAAAACGUCAAAGAAGCGUCAAGAAAACGCAAAACAACAUGAAAAAAGUGCCGCUUCGGGUCAAUAAUUAACAUAUAAUGAAAAAUUGAAUGAUAAACGAUAAAAUAUUGAAUAAUAUCGUUUUGGAUAUUGAGUAGUUGUGUUGGUGGGGAAAUAGAAGGGGGUCCCCCACCUUCGGGCGGUAUAAAAUCAUACCACUCCGUGAUGGACCUCCGUAACAGUUAGUAACGAUCUCCGUUUGCCCAUCGUAAUAUUUUCAAAUCCAAUCGUAGUUCUUCUCCAAAAAAUAAAUAACAACAACAUGAACGGCUACCCGGAAUCAUACACUUCCAGCAUGGAAAAUAGCAGAAAUUGUUUGAAAAGAAUUGCCAGAAAUAACGACACUGAAUUUUCAAAUCAAAGCGUAUUACAUGCGAUGGAAAAAUUUGUAAAAACUGUAAAUACUAUGGAUGAAACAAUUUUGGUACCAUGCCGUUUGAUGGAUUUGAAGGUGGGCGAUGAUCAAGAUCCGAAAAAAGAAAACAUAAAUAGUACAAUGAGUUCAGUUGAUUUGUUUGGAUUGUAUAAUAUGUUGCAUACAAUUAAAGGAGAUUUGUUGUGGGGGCAGGGAAAUAAUAAUAAAGAAAAAGAGGAGGUCGUUGCUAAUAAUGGGGCUCAAUUGACCGUAAAAGGGCAUGUACGUAGGCCGUCGAGUAUCAGCGUUACUUCGACGAAUUCCACCUCCAGUAUUAGUGAUAGCGAAUUGGAUAUUGGCAAUGAAAACGAUUCGGGAAUUGAAGAGGUCGGGGAAAAUCCUACGUUACAAGUUGCCCAGAAUUUUAGGCGACAUCUUUAUGGGUUAACAAAGUCUUUGAAAGAACUCACGGAGGCAGCACAGUACCUCACAAACCGUUAUCAACAUGACAUAGGGAGCCCUAUUUGAUCCCAAAUAGAAUUUUUUUGGUAUGUGAUAUAAAAAAAAGGAAAAAAUU